AUGUCCCAGUUUAAGCGCCAGCGGAUCAACCCGCUUCCAGGGGGACGCAACUUCUCAGGCGCAGCUUCAACAUCUCUUCUGGGUCCUCCUCCUGGUUUGCUCACUCCUCCUGUGGCCACAGACCUGUCCCAAAAUGCCAGGCACCUUCAGGGUGGGGAGAAGCAGCGGGUCUUCACUGGCAUUGUUACCAGCUUGCAUGACUACUUUGGGGUGGUGGAUGAAGAGGUCUUUUUUCAGCUAAGUGUGGUGAAGGGCCGGCUGCCCCAGCUGGGUGAGAAGGUGCUGGUGAAGGCUGCAUACAACCCAGGCCAGGCAGUGCCCUGGAAUGCUGUCAAGGUGCAAACGCUCUCCAACCAGCCCCUGCUGAAAUCCCCAGCACCUCCCCUUCUACAUGUGGCAGCCCUGGGCCAGAAGCAAGGGAUUCUGGGAGCUCAGCCCCAGCUGAUCUUCCAGCCUCACCGGAUUCCCCCGCUCUUUCCUCAGAAGCCUCUGAGUCUCUUCCAAACAUCCCACACACUUCAUCUGAGCCACCUGAACAGAUUUCCUGCUCGGGGCCCUCAUGGACGAUUGGAUCAGGGCCGAAGCGAUGACUAUGACUCCAAGAAACGCAAACAGCGGGCUGGUGGAGAGCCUUGGGGUGCUAAGAAACCACGGCAUGACCUGCCUCCUUACCGGGUCCAUCUCACUCCCUAUACUGUGGACAGCCCCACCUGUGACUUCUUAGAACUCCAGCGCCGCUACCGCAGCCUCCUGGUUCCCUCAGAUUUUCUGGCUGUGUGUCUGAGCUGGCUGUCAGCCUUUCCUCUGAGCCAGCCCUUUUCCCUCCAUCAUCCAAGCCGUAUCCAGGUAUCUUCUGAGAAGGAGCCAGCUCCAGACACUGGUGCUGAGCCCAUCCCUGCAGACAGCGAUCCCACUUAUAGUUCCAAGGUACUGCUGCUCUCUUCCCCGGGACUGGAGGAAUUGUAUCGUUGUUGCAUGCUCUUUGUGGAUGACAUGGCUGAGCCAAGGGAGACACCAGAACAUCCUUUGAAGCAGAUUAAGUUUUUGCUGGGCCGGAAAGAAGAAGAGGCGGUGCUGGUUGGGGGUGAAUGGUCUCCCUCUCUGGAUGGCCUCGACCCCAAGGGCGACCCGCAGGUGCUAGUCCGCACCGCUAUCCGCUGUGCGCAAGCCCAGACCGGCAUUGACUUGAGCACCUGCACAAAGUGGUGGCGCUUUGCUGAGUUUCAGUACCUGCAGCCGGGCCCACCGAGGCGGCUCCAGACUGUGGUGGUGUACCUGCCAGACGUCUGGACCAUCAUGCCUACUUUGGAAGAGUGGGAGGCCCUGUGCCAGCAGAAAGCUGCAGAGGCAGCUCCCCCACCCCAAGAGGUGUCCGUGGAAGCAGAGCCAACAGAACAGGCAGCUGAUGUAUCAGAGCAAGCAGCAGACGCCUCUAAACAGAAUGCAGAGAACCCAGAGGCCACCACACAGCAGGAAGUGGACACCGAUCUCCCAGAGGCCCCUCCACCCCCUCUAGAACCUGCUGUCAUGGCACGCCCUGGCUGUGUAAACCUGUCCCUCCACAGUAUUGUGGAGGACCGGAGGCCAAAAGAAAGGAUCUCUUUUGAAGUGAUGGUGUUGGCUGAACUGUUUCUGGAGAUGCUGCAGAGGGAUUUUGGCUAUAGGAUUUAUAAGAUGCUGCUGAGCCUUCCUGAAAAGGUUGUGGCCCCACCUGAACCUGAGAAAGAGGAGGCAGCUAAGGAAGAAGAAGCAGUCAAGGAAGAGGCUGCCAAGGAGACCAAGGAUGAGGUACAGAGUGAGGGCACAGCUGCCGAGUCAGACGCCCCACCGAAGGAGGAUGGGCUUUUGCCCAAACCUCCAUCUUCUGGGGGAGAGGAAGAAGAGAAACCCCGGGGUGAGGCAUCUGAGGACCUCUGUGAGAUGGCGCUUGAUCCGGAACUACUGCUCCUGAGGGACGACGGAGAGGAGGAGUUCGCAGGAGCCAAGCUGGAGGAUUCUGAGGUCCGGUCGGUUGCCUCAAACCAAUCGGAGAUGGAGUUCUCUUCUCUUCAGGACAUGCCCAAGGAGCUGGACCCCUCUGCCGUGCUCCCUUUGGACUGUCUCCUUGCUUUUGUCUUCUUUGACGCCAACUGGUGUGGCUACUUGCACCGGCGGGACUUGGAGAGGAUCCUGCUUACCCUUGGGCUCCGGCUCAGUGCAGAGCAGGCCAAACAGCUGGUCAGCAGGGUGGUGACCCAGAACAUUUGCCAGUACCGGAGCCUUCAGUACAGCCGCCAGGAGGGCACAGACGGUGGGCUUCCUGAGGAGGUGCUCUUUGGAAACCUGGAUCUGCUACCUCCUUCUGGGAAAAGCGCAAAGCCGGGCGCCGCCCCCACGGAACACAAAGGCCUGGUGUCCCACAACGGCAGCCUGAUCAAUGUGGGGAACCUGUUGCAGCGCGCGGAGCAGCAGGACAGUGGACGGCUCUACCUGGAGAACAAGAUUCACACACUGGAACUGAAGCUGGAGGAGAGCCAUAACCGCUUCUCAGCCACUGAAGUAACCAACAAGACACUGGCGGCGGAAAUGCAGGAGCUGCGGAGCCGGCUGGCCGAGGCCGAGGAGACGGCGCGGACGGCCGAGCGGCAGAAGAACCAGCUGCAGCGACUGCUCCAGGAGUUCCGGAGGCGCCUGACCCCCCUGCAGCUGGAGAUGCAGCGGAUGGUGGAAAAGGCGGACAGCUGGGUAGAGAAGGAGGAGCCGGCACCUAACAACUGA